GCCGUUGUCAUUUCUUUUCUCCGGAGUGCAAUCGCUGCGACCCUCAGUGAGGCGAUUUUUUUCCCCCCGCGCUCUCUCUCCCUCUCUCUCCAAGAUGUGGGAGGCACUCGUGAGGUCUAUUCUCAUGCUUGGCCUAUAUUGGACAUGCGUGUCAGCCAACCAGUGUGCUCUCGGGUGGCGCGGGUACGGCACCAGCUGCUACAAGACGAUGGCAGUCCCCAACGGUUGGCUGGGUGCCUGGCACCACUGCGUCUCUGAGGGCGGCAACCUGGUCUCGAUCACCUCCUUGGCCGAGGAAAAGUUUGUGAAGACGACCAUGGCCAAGUACAACCACUUCUGGCUGGGACUCUCCAACCAGAAAUGCGACGACUCCUGGUGUCGCUUUGAAGGCGGGAGCCAGACGCUGGCCUGGUCUGAUGGCGAGACAAUAAAGCACACCAACUGGGCCUCAAAUCAACUCGAAAGGUAA